AACUUCAAACCAGGAUCAACAACAUCAACCAAGAGAUCCAGAGAGAGAGAGAGCAGAGAGAUGCUCUGUUGAAAAUGAGGGAGGUCUAUGAACGGAGUCCCCAGAUGGGCGAUGCCGGCAGUUUGGAGCCUCGACUGGAGGAGGUGAAGCAGAGUCUUCAGAAACUGGAGGAAGAGCUGCGGAAGAACCAGGCAUGGCUGGCAGAGGCUGACAGCAGACUGUCUGAUCACAGCGGUAGGAGACAGAGUGGAGGUUGUGGGGUAAAUUCACAGGCGACAACACCAGGCAGCAGCAGCCUGAAACAGCUUGAUAACCGCAGUCCAGCCAGCAGAGAGAGUCCUGACGGCAGCUACACUGAAGACAACAGUGCAGAGCUUCACUUCAAGUCUCGUAGUUCUGAGUUUGAUGACGACUUUGAUGACGAAGAACCGUUGCCAAGUAUCGGCACCUGCAAGUCCCUUUACCCGUUCCAAGGUCAGAACGAAGGCACUUUGUCCAUGGUGGAGGGAGAACUACUCUCUGUGGUGGAAGAGGACAAAGGUGACGGUUGGACCAGAGUACGGAGGAACCUUGAGGAGGAGGGAUAUGUCCCCACCUCCUACAUCAAAGUCUUCCUAGACAGCAGUGCCAAAGGCUUUGUGCAGAGUAGUCGGCUAGUCUAGCACAGUUAUCGACCAGUGAGGACGUCUCUCCACAGGAAGUGAUGUAAAGGAAAGAGCUCUGAGGAGGUCCAGUGACAGCUUUUCAUUGGACAGUUUAACUGCUGUUGAUACGAGAUGGAGGAAAACUUCUACUGGUGACUGAGAAAUCAAUCAGAGAUCAAUCAGCUAUUAUACAGGUCUUGAAUGCAGAGCAGACAUCAAAAUAAAGAUCAAACAUUAGACAGCUCCUGCCCACUCUGAUCCAUACCAUCCGUAUUUACUCGAGACCCAGAUGUUAACUUCAAUCAUUACUCAUCAAAAAGUCAGACAGUUUGCCUAUUUAUUUGUCAAUGAAUAAAAAUCCACUUCUGGGCUUACAUAAAGCAAAGUUUUAUGAUGGUAGAUGCAAAACCAAUAAAUCCUGGUUUUCCCAUAGCCCCAUAAUAUUUGGGCCUAGAAAUUAAAAAUGUAUCUUUUUUUUAAUCAGUCCUUUAAAAAUUUGUUCUCAUGUGAAAACAUUUGAAUGUUUUUUGAUUCUCUGAAGAAAUGAUCAUAUUUAUUAUUAGUUAUUUAAUGGUUGUGGAAUCGUUUAUUGAAAAGAAAAUGUGAAAUGGUGGAGAGGACGAUCCUUCCUGUUGGCCACAGAGUUAGAAUGAAACAAAGAAUUAAUCAAAAGUCUGGGUACACCUUCUCUGGACACCUCACACUGCAGUGAGGUUACAAUGUACUAGGGUGUGUAAGUACACGCUGACAUCACUGUGGGCGUGAUCAGAAGUGUAAUUCUUUGUAGGACAAAUAAAAACUGUUGAGAGGGUACUCUGUAAAAAAAACUGUAAAGUUAAGUUCAUACUGUGUGAAGUUAAAAGCUAAAACAGUCUUAAGUUUAGUCAUUGAAAAGUUGACUGUGUGUAAAUAAAUUGUAGCUGCACAGGUGUAGCCACGCCCCCUGUAUACCUGUUAACAUUAACCCCGCCCCCAGCUUACCCUGCCUGUAUUAGCCCUGCCUCCCUGGCCCCUCCCUUUGCUUGUUGAUCAAUGAUCAUGCUAUUGAUUGAUUGUGUGAAAUGUCAAAACUUUUUUAUUUUAUAGUGAAAUAUGAUUAGUUGAUUUUUUAUUAAGACAUGAGACGGCUGAUCACGAUCUUUUCAAUUUCCUGUAUGUUAAACUUUCAAAAUAAACUACACAGUGAAUC